AUGACAAAGCUGUUUAUUCCCUUCGUUUUUGCGAUUAUUGCAGGGUGCGUUGUAGGCACGCCGGUUGCUGAGCCUGCCAUCACCGAAGCACCCAAUCUUGCCAAGAGAGCCACAAGCUGCACAUUCUCUGGUUCUUCUGGUGCGUCGAGUGCUAGCAAGUCCCAGAAAUCUUGUUCAACAAUUAUUCUAUCGGAUGUGGCUGUUCCUUCUGGUACGACUCUUGACCUUAGUGAUCUUGAAGACGAUACUACGGUCAUUUUUGAGGGCGAAACCAGCUGGGGCUACGAGGAAUGGGAUGGCCCUAUGCUUGAGAUCUCAGGCACCGGCAUCACUGUGAAGGGCGCUAGUGGUGCGUAUUUGAAUCCAAACGGCGCACGCUGGUGGGAUGGGGAGGGGAGCAACGGCGGAAAAACGAAGCCCAAGUUCUUCUAUGCUCAUGCCCUUACCGAUUCUACAAUCACCGAUCUAUACAUCGAGAAUACUCCGGUCCAAGCCGUAAGUAUCAACGGCUGCGAUGGCUUGACUAUUACCGAUAUGACCAUCAACAAUGAAGCAGGUGAUGACGCUGGUGGUCACAACACCGAUGGGUUUGAUAUCGGCGAUAGUACUAACGUCGUUAUCACUGGCGCCGAAGUGUACAAUCAAGAUGAUUGUGUUGCUAUCAAUUCUGGAACAGACAUUACUUUCAGCGGCGGAAUUUGCUCCGGUGGCCACGGACUCUCUAUCGGGAGCGUGGGCGGUCGUAGCGACAAUACAGUUGACACUGUCACCUUUUACAACAACGAAGUCAAGAGUUCCACCAAUGGUAUCCGUAUUAAGGCCACAGAGGGUGAUACCGGCGAGAUCAAAGGUGUCACUUAUUCUGAGAUUACACUUUCAGAUAUUUCCGAUUAUGGCAUUCUUAUUGAACAGAACUAUGACGGUGGAGACCUUGACGGUGGUACCCCAACGAGCGGUAUUCCUAUCACAGACUUAAUUAUUGAAAAUAUCUCUGGGGCAGAUGCUGUUUCCUCUGAUGGAUACAACGUUGUCAUUGUUUGCGGCAGCUCUGGUUGCUCCGACUGGACUUGGAGCGAUGUUGAUGUCACGGGCGGCAAGACGUACAGUGACUGUGAGAAUGUUCCCAGUGUUGCGAGCUGCUCCUAG